AUGACCCUCUUCGCCAGUCACCUCGCUCGACUACAAGCACAUCUGGAGAGCAUGACUGUGCCACAAAGAGCCAAUGUUAUCAAGCACCUGUACGACAAGCUCGAGAAGUGGCGUGGAUCCUGGGUCAUGGCAUUGACGUCCGUCUCGCGGGAUAGAGCAGAUAGGCUCUGGGCCCUCCUGGUGACGUACCAAGGCGAGCCGGGGUGCAUUGAAGACAAGGACGCCAAGUGGGCUGAUGACCGGUGGGAAGAACUGGUCGCUAUGCUCCAGAUCGAUGCGGUCCAGGCUGCCGAUAUUGGGGCCUUCAGGCUGCCAGGUACACUCGUGGAGAUCGAUGACUCGCAGGCAGGGGCGCCGUCGUCGUCCUCGAACCAAGUCAUGGUGCGGAGGACAGAGCAUGGACCAUGGGAACAGGCUACGGACAGAGAGGUAAAGGAGUUAGCCCAGAAGGACGAGGAUGACGCGCUUCUUCGUCGUCAACAAGAGGCACAUGACGAAGCUUUGUGGCAGGAGCAUCAGGCCGCAAAAGCACAGGAGUGGGAUGAUUGGGCAGUCGCAUCGGAAAUGGGGAAGACAAGGUCGAUGCAAAGUCCAAGGCCGGCAAAACGCUUCCGGGUAAGGGUAUCGGUCUUCGACAAGGAUCAUAAUGAGCUUGACACGGCUGACCUCCAUGGCGACAUUGAUGCGAACGACCAGCCCCUUGUCUCCUUCACCGUCAUGGAGGAGGAGGUGAACCGAACUCCUGAUGAUGUAGAGGGGCCUGCAGAUGAGGCAGAGGGCGAGAAGGCCAAAGCAGAUGAAGGUGAAGAGCAAGGUAAGGGUGCUGACCAAGACCAAGACGGUGACGGCCGGUGCGAUCAGGCAGACCAAGCAGAAACAGAGGCGGUGGCAUCGGCCGAGGGCGACGUGGACGAGCUCGUUGACCCUGACAUCGCGGGCCUCGGCUCCGUGGACAGUGUCAUGGUGUCCAAAAGGUGGGGCCAGAGGGUACUUGAGAUCUUCGAAGUCAACAGGGCGAUGAUGGAGCUAGAUGAAGAUGGACCACGUGGAGAGGAUGAACGCCACCUCCCACCCGGCCACCCGCGCAGCUCAGCGACAAGGCAGAGGGACUCUGGAGGCAGAAGGUCCCCGAGAGUGGACGAGUGGCAAGAGGGACAUGGAGCACGGGAUGAGCAAGAAGGACCAGGCCUACAUCGCGCAGCACCAGGGUUUGGCGAAGCGGCAGCCGACGACCUCAAGGUGCGUCGCUUCUCUGAGGACAGUCAAGACUCGCAGGGCUCCUCAGGAGCAAAAGUGUUCCCCGAGCGGGAGAUCGUUGCUGGCAACCGAAAGGCAGAAGAUCGUGAAGAUGACAUGGAGCUGGCACAAGCGGUGGUGGACGGGGGCCCGGACUCGAUCGAACAACAGGAGCUUCUGGACACACAACUUGAUGGACCCGGUGAUCCCAUGCCAUGGACGUUGUCGCACCUGGCGCGGCUGCUGAUGUGGUGGCUUCAGAG